UCCACUUCUAUGACAGAUGCCUUUUCUGGACAGUUCUUGAGGAGUGCUUGGAUACUUCCUGCUUUUCUUCUGAACUCUUUAGCCCCGGAAGACGAUUCAAGUUCCAAUGCUGAAAUUGUCUGGGAAGGGAAAACUCUGUGACACCUCCAGUAACAAAUGGGAACUUCCAAUUUUGCAUUUCACAACACUGACUCGAGAGGCUGCUGAUGCAUUAAAAUAAUUUCCCCAUAUACUUUCGGUGUUGUCCUUCAUCUGAAUACAGCGCAAGUAACACGUCUGAUACACGAUGAGGUUUAUUAUUCUAAUCCUAUGCGGGAUCAUCAGUCCCACCAUGGGCAGCCUUGUUGACUCUAAUACCAGAUUUGCUGUGGAUGUUCUCAAAAUGUUGCACAAAGAGAAUCCAAAACAAAAUGUCAUCACCUCCCCAUUCAGUGUUUCAGCAGCUUUGAGCAUGGUGCUUUAUGGAGCUAAAAAAAACACUGCUGCCCAGAUGGAAAAGGUCCUUCACAUUGAUAAGAUCACUGGAUCUGGAAAGGGCGAUUCUCCUGGUGCAGGAGCCGUGUGCGACAAACCUGGAGGACCUCACUCCCAGUUCAAGACACUCUUGUCUGCCAUUAACACUCACACCAAAAACUAUGCCCUGAGUGUAGCCAAUAGGAUAUAUGGAGCAAAGCGGUUUGAAUUCGAGCAGCAAUAUUUACGAUGCACGAAGGAGCUAUAUGGUGCUGAGCUGGAAAGAGUUGAUUUUCAGCAUGCUCUUGAGGAAACAAGAAAGAAGAUCAAUGCCUGGGUUGAAAAGCGAACAAACAAUAAAAUCAAGGGCCUCUUUGCUCCUGGUGCUAUUGAUGAAUCAGCUGCCUUGAUCUUGGUGAAUGCCAUAUAUUUUCAAGGAAAGUGGCAAAGAGCAUUUAACAAAACCAACACACAGGAAAAGCCAUUUUGGAUAAGUGAGAAUCAGAGCAAGAAGGUCCCCAUGAUGUACCAGAAACAUAAAUUUAAUUGGGCUGAAAUAAAAAACCCCAAAAUUAAACUGCUUGAGCUGCCCUACGACAACAAGGAUCUCAGCAUGAUCAUUUUGCUUCCUGAGGACAAAGGAGGUUUGGACCAGGUUGUGAAGGGCCUCUCCUACGACAAGGUGCAAGAGUGGACUCGCUCAUCAAACAUGAAAGAGGAGAAGAUAGAAGUUUACCUGCCCAAAUUCAAACUGGAAGGAAAAUAUGCGCUCGGGGGAACUUUAGGAAACAUGGGAAUGACAGAUGUUUUCACACCAGGGAAGGCUGAUUUAUCCGGCAUGUCAAAGAGUUCACUGGUUGUAUCCAAGGUCAUACAUCAAGCUUUUAUAGAAGUCAAUGAGGAAGGUACAGAAGCUGCAGCAGCCACAGGUGUAGAGGUUGUUCCAGUGAGUGCGAGAAUUUACCCAAAGGUCGUAGCUGAUCGCCCAUUCCUGUUCUUUAUCCGACACAACAAAAGUCAGAGCAUCCUUUUCAGCGGCACGGUUGUCUCCCCUUAAUUGCUCAGUGCUUAAAUAUGCAUUCUCUUGACAGAGCUAUAGAAAAUCCUAUAGUGUUAAAAGAAGCAAAGUUAUUCUGUUUUAUUCAUUAACGUUUCUAAGGCUCAUUCCGCACAUGCAGAAUAAUGCACUUUCAAACUGCUUUCAGUGCUCUUUGAAGCUGUGCGGAAUGGCAAAAUCCACUUGCAAACACUUGUGAAAGGGGUUUGAAAACGCAUUAUUUUGCGUGUGCGGAAGGGGCCUAAGUUUGGGCCACUUCUUUAAAAGCGAGGUCCUUUAUGCUCACCUCUUCAAACUCAUCUUGUCUUGGGAAGUCUAUCUGUUCACAUCUUCCUUCUCUGUCCAUCAACAAGGCAGUGAGGACAUCCUCAGUGACACCAUUGGGGUUUCCAGCUCUGAAUGGAGAAAUACCUGGAGAUUUUUGGGAUGGCACCUGGAGGGGGAGGGGUUGGAGGAGGGAGGGAUCUCAGAAAGGUACAAUGCUAUUCAGUCCACUCUCCAAGGCAGCCAUUUCCUCCAGGGAAACGAUCUCUGGAGAUCAACUGGAAUUGUGGGAAAUCUCCAAGCCCCUCCUGGAGGUUGGCCAACCUAGACGCCAUGCACCUUUUUCUUCUCAUAAAACAGCUUAAAAGAUAUUUGUACAUGUGCAGAUUUAGUUAGAGGGCACAGCUUAAAUAGAGGUAGAUGACAAGACAGAGGCCUAGACUGCAAAACCUCCAGACCUCCCUUUCCGUUUUCAUUUCUGUUAUAUCCAACACACUUUGCCCACUCUCAGAAACUGCUGAGCUUCUCGGAUCUGAAGCGCAACGAGUUCUGAAGAAUGGGAAACAUGUGCACCACUGAGAAUCUGACCCCAAGGUAAUGUACGCUCGACUUGAAGAGAUCAAACAUGUGCAGAAGACCAUUUGGUCUCGAGCUUAUUUCUGGCGAGUGUUGGGGAUUUCCCAAGUGGCACUGAAAUUUUGUUUUAGGAUUUUCCACUAGUAUUAAAAAAGACAGACCCACAUCAAUACGGUACGUUUGGCAUGCCCACUUCUCUCAUCAACUCUUCGCACUUCAGACUGCAAAACUUAAUAGGUCUCUAAAAUUGAUUUUUCACAGAUUGUCGAAAUAUGUCUCUUAAAUAUUAUAACCUGAGCCCUGGUUUUCACAUAAAAUUUAUUUUACAAUCGCCUUGCACAGGCUUCCUUUUAUCUCCACCAUUGUGCAAAGCAAUAUAUUGCUUGCUCAUGAGAUUUACAGAGUGCAAUUGGAAAAAAAUCAACAAGCUUUGCCCGUUUACAAUCAUAACCAGAAGUGUAUAACCCCACUUUCAUAUGUGCAUGUUGCAAAAUAUUCUGUUGACUUUCCCUUGUUAUUUUAAUUACAUAUGGGUUUGUAUUCCUAAGCAUAAUUCCCUAGAAGUGGCUUGUAAAGUAAUGUCUUCUAUGAAAUGAAUUCUUACCUGUAGCAGUGGACAAAAAUAAUAAAGCAUUUAAAAUAC